CCUGAGAUUCACAGUGCAUCGACUGUUCUAUUGUCGUUUAAUAUCUGCUCUUCAAUUUCUAAUCAAAUUUAUCGUUUGUUUUUGAAUGUGAAUAUUAAAUCAUCAAAAUGUGGAUUCAUUUAACAUUGUGCUCUGUUACUCUCAUUCUCUGUGAGAGAAUUCAUGGACUAGAUCUUAUCAGUGAAGAAGAGCCAAGCAGAACAUAUCCCUAUCGCCGAGCGGUGGAUGGAACCAGAGGAAGUAAAUAUUAUGAUCCUGACGAAGAUGAUUCCUUUGACAUUUACGAUCGUUAUGAUGAAGAAACAGACUUUUCAAGCUAUCGAAGUAAUGUGCCGGGAGAACCAGGAAUUGAUUAUCCAUCUUAUACAAGAAUUCCUCAGACUAGUUUUACCUGCGAAAGUCAAUUUAGAGGAUACUAUGCUGAUGAAGAGGCCGGAUGUCAGCUAUUUCAUGUUUGUGAUGGAAAUUUUCUAGUAUCUUCAUUUCUCUGUCCAAUAGGAUCAAUCUUUAGUCAAAAAUUAUUAACUUGUGAUUGGUGGAAUAAAGUUGAUUGUUCUGCAACGAAGAGUUUUUAUCAAACUGUUAGUAGAGAUGUCAGUGAAGUUGACGAUGAUGAGUAUCUUCGGAAAGCUUACGAAAUGACAAGUCUUCAAUCAGCUGAUAAUGGAGUUUCAAUAGAUCCUAGGGAUCAAGUUGAUAAUUUAAAUAAAAACCAUGGAAAUGGUCAUUUCAAUGAGCUCCAAAGUUCAGAACAAUAUCCUGAUUAUCAAAAUGUACCAUCCAAGUCCAGUCACCCGCAAUUUAAGUAUAGCUCAAGGUACUCUAGUAGUCCAUCUUACAAUCGAAAUUUAAAUUCUUUUUCGAAUGAAGCUCACGAAAAACCAUCUAUUAGAAUUCAUACGAUAGGAAAAGAUAAAAAAGAUUAUGAUGAAAAUCAAUAUAAUCGACAUCGGCCAGCUUAUGCUCCAACUGUACCAACUGUAACGACAACUACAAGAAGAUUUUAUUCCCCUACAGUGCCUUCAGUGAUCAAGCCUACCACAAGGUCUAGACAUGAUUUGGAAUUUGAAAGUUCAGAUCACUUGUACUCAGCAAAAGGAAAAAGUAGGAGCACAACAGUUAGAUCAACUUCAAUAAAUCUGCCAUCGACAACUGAAAGGCCAAGAAUUAGGAGUACUACAGUACCAUCUACUUCAAGAAGUCCAUUCCCAUCAUCACCAUUGACAACUCAAAGAGUAACAUAUUACUCCGAUACUCCAAUUGUAACUUCUACGACAAAACGACCACCAUCUACUACUGAGAAAGUAUCAUUUUUUUCUGCUACUCCAAUUAAUGUAAGAGAUGAUGAUUCAUCAACAGACGAUGUUAAUACGGUAUCAAAAGAAUUGUUGAAUACGAGUGAUGAUUCAAAUAUUAUUCAUCUUGAGUUAAUUAAAGCUAACGAAAGUGGAGAAGAAAAUUCAGCAUCUCGAGAACAGGGAAAUGUACUUUCAGAGUCUCCAAUAAUUAAUGUAAUUCCUUAUUCAUUUAAAAAUGAUAGUGAUGCUCAAAAUGCUAUAAAUUCAACUUGGUCUAAUGAAGCCAAUAUUAUACUUCCUGCAAUAAGCUUUCUUCCACCAUUCUACUAUUAUACCAAUGUUGAUCAGCAUGAUUCAGUAAGUGUGACGAAAUCUGACGAAUUGGAAAUUAAUUCAACAUCAUUCACUGAAGAGUCAACAACUUCUUGGUAUGACGAAUCAACUAUUAGUGUACCAUCACCUGAUAUUAUUCCACCGAUAAAGGAUAGGAUUGAAGAGCUUCAACCGUCUACCAUAAAUAGUAUUGACAACUUCUCUUUGGAAAUAGAUAAUUGUACGGAAGCUGAAUUCAACAAUGUAGAUAAAAUAACAAUUUCUCCAAGUUUAGAAGAAACAGACUCUCCUCUUAUUCAUUCGAUAUUUGAAAUUAACAAUGCAACUUACCCAGAAGAAAAUUAUGAAUAUGAAGUAGUGAAUAAAGAUGAUAGUAAAUUAGGCAUUACUGAUGAAACUCUUGAAACUUCAACAUUUAACUACCUAAAAGAUUAUUUUGAUAAAAAGAAGAAAGAAUUACUAGGAGAUUUAAUUGGAGGAGAAAGUUCACCAGUUCAAGUAACGUUGACGGUGAAGAAUGAUGAAGAUUUAGAUCCUAGUGGCGAAUUUAUAAGAAGCCUUAUCGCUCAGCAUGAUCCAAUUUCAGCAGGUCAGUUUGAGGAUUUUGAAAUCGUUAAAUCUCAAACGCCAAGAGGUGGAAAGGAUUCUGAAAUUUUUCAAAAAGCCACAAAGGCAGUAAUUAAUCGCCAAAAUGAUAGAGGUAAAUUUAGAGUAAAUAAUUAUGCAAUUAACCCAUCUACAAGCCCACAUACAGAACAAUUUAUGGAAGAUAAGAGCAACGAUAAUUUACCUAGACCGUUUUCUUUGAACAAUCAAGGAAUUACAAUACCUAUUGAAGCUGUUAAUGAGUUUCGCCAAGAAAUAAGAACUACUACGUUUUCCCCUCCAACUGUAAAAAGUCAAUCAAUCAUGACAGAAGAGAAUUUACAAUCAACGCCAAAAUCUGAUGAUCGAUUUAAUUUAUCAACUCAGGAUAGAAAUGUCAAUUUUCAAAAUCGGAAAAUGAUACCUGUUAGAAAUGAAAAUAACACAAAUGGUAAUAUGAAAAAUUGGAAUUUGACAAAAACUAAAUAUGUUGUGGAAACUGAACUAGUUCCGUCUAUUGGAUUUUCAUUAAAUACUGAAGAAGAACGUGAUGCAUAUGCGCAGGCUCUUAAAAAAGGAUUAUUUACCGAUUAUCCGGUAUCUAAUUUUAAUAAAACGUCUAAUGACGAGACAAACUCGAAAAGUUGAAAAUUACAAAGAAUAAUUAAUGUUUAGAAACUUGUU